AUGGUGCGCACCCAAGUGGACAGGCGAUCGCCGAUCACUAGACUAAUAACGAGCGAAGUCAUCUGGUGUCUGCUGAUGCUACUGGCGGUGACUCUACCGCUGGCUUCCGCCGGAUUUGGCUUUGACUCGGCCAAUUCCUGCAGUCCCAAUGGGAAGGUAUCGCGACGUGGUCGCGCCCAGAUGCUGGCUGCGAUUCCAUGCGACCUGGGUCAGCAGGCCUUCUGCCACCUGCCCGGAUCCGCUUAUCCGUGGCACGCUGUACGGCGAUUCGUGCACGAGAACCAGGGCCUGAUGAAGCGCAUGUACGGCGAUGUCAGGCACAUUUCCAUUCUGCGGGACGAGAUCCAGAACAACGAGGUGGACGCGGACGACAUUGAGGAGGCAGCGGAGCGAUACAGCAAGGAUGGCGGUCGGCGGAGUGCCAAAUAUCUGAUGAACAGCAGAGAUCGUGAUCGCGAUCGUGACCGGGAAGAUUUCGGGAGCUUCAAGGGCAACGAUGUGCUAAUGGAGCCACAUUUUCGACCAGUCUCCACAAUUACCACAAGUACGACUAGGGCUACGACGACCACAACAACUGCUCCCGAAACAGUAAGUAGCACUACGGACCAAAUUCCAAAUGAGGUCACGAACACAACGCCUGGAAAUACCAAUAGUACGAUAAGUACUACUAAAGGAACGGCGCCACCUUUACACGAAAAACCCGAAGUAGAAACCGACAUAGUGGAAAUCCAGCCCAGUCCAGAGUCGAACAGUGUCUACGAAGUAGUGUCCUCUUCAGCUCCAUCAACCACUUCCACCGCCAAACCUUCGUCCGCAGCAGGUGAAAAUAUACAGAUCAUUGACUCCCCACAGUUGGGGCUUCGUAAUCUAAGCGCAGAGGCAAAUCCAUCACAGGAACCACCCACUGCCACAACAGUGAAGCCCACAUCUGUGGCCAAGAGCUCGCCAACUUUACCAAUCAGAAAAAGGAAACCGGCAGAGGCAACCACCACAGCAGCCACUCCAAAGGUCUCUAGCACCAUAUCGGCAACAACCACAACCACAGCAACCUUGCUGAUGCGCCGCAAUGUAACCAAGUACUCACCCGUAUCCGUGACCACGCCCGUCAGCUUCGCCUCGCUCUUCUCCGGCACCUCCAGCGGGCUUUUCAGCCCGGAGAAGCUGCGCAGACCCUUGGCCACCAGCAGUACAAGUGCUCCACCUGCUCCGGCGGGAGGAUCUACAGCGGGAAGCUCGAGCGGAAGCGCCAGCAAGUCUGGACUGCUAAGGGAGGGUCAGCUGUUCCAGGAUGCCAUGAAGCAAGAGCCCGUGGCCGUGGCUAGCAACUUGCGUGGAGUAAAUGCCUGUCCCGUCAAGGAUGAAGUGGUGGCUCCAUUUUGGGCAAACAAUACCCGCGGCGAGGUCUUAGCCCUCCUUAACCUGUAUCCCUUCGAGCAGUACGUCCACUGGGAGAAGUGCACCCACGAAUUCAAGCAGAUGUUCUGCCGCGAUGGUUGCAGAUGUGAACAGCAGUACCGCCUCCACAGAUUGUUGGCCUACGAUCCGCAUAAUGAGUGCCGCGGCAUCUUCUCCGACUGGUUCCGAUUCCCCUCGAGCUGCAUAUGCAAGUGCUACAACAUACCAAUGGAGUUCCGGGCGACUUCACGCAGUCCCAGGUCCGAUAGUCGAUUUGAUGCUCCAAAAUCCGAUCCCAUCCAGGCGGCGGAGGCGGAGGUCCAACGGGCCAUAUACGAACAUGCCACGGAAGAGUGGUAUCGUCCACGCGAUGAAUUCGACUUCUUGGAGGACUAACCCCAUUUAAUUCCCCUCUGCGACCAAUUGUACAGUAGUGUUAAGUCUUAUGGAAUUAAGCAAUACUUUUCUUAACGAAUUCUAGUUAGUCCUUCAAUCUUUCUUUGAUCAGUUAAUUAUUUAGUUAUAACUUUAAAUUAACUCAUAAGGGCGGCGUUAUGUUAAUGUAAAUAUAGUCCAGCAUAAUGCCCGAUUUACAGAAAAACCUGCAGAGCGAAUGUACCUUGAAAUACUUACGAACGCAUUGCGGCCAUUGAGCUGCGUACGAUGGUAUUUAUUAGAUUUAUGUAUUUAUUUAUUCAGAUUAUAGACGUAAGCAUAACC